CGGGACCGGCCGCGCUCCUCCCGCCGCGCUGGCACCGCCGCUGCUGGCCAGGUGGAGAUCGCCGCGGGAGCCGGGACACCUGUACCAUGCGAGGAUGUGCCCGCGCCCUCGCUGACUUGCCCGCCCCCGCUGCCCGUCCCGCCCGGCACCAUGGGAGGAUGCUUCUCCAAGCCCAAACCAGUUGAAGUGAAAAUUGAAGUUGUGAUACCUGAGAAGGAGAGAAGCAAGGAGGAGAUGUCACCCAAUGGGAAAGCCAGCCCUCUGAUCUACAAAGUCAAUGGGACUGCCCGGCACUACCACCUUGAGGAGCAUCCAAUUGCCAGCAACCCCUACCACAACCCAAAGGAUGUGGUAGAAGCAUCUGUGUGCCACGUAAAGGACCUGGAGAAUGGACAGAUGCGGGAAGUGGACCUGGGCUGCGGGAAGGCUCUGCUCAUCAAGGAGAGUGGGGAGUUCCACGCCGUGGGACACAAGUGUCCCCACUAUGGGGCUCCGCUGGUCAAAGGGGUUUUGUCCAAAGGAAGAGUUCGCUGUCCCUGGCAUGGAGCUUGCUUCAAUAUCAGCACAGGCGACAUUGAGGACUUUCCCGGCUUGGAUAGUUUACCCAGGUUCCAGGUGAAGAUUGAGAAGGAGAAGGUAUACAUCCGAGCAAGCAAGCAGGCUCUUCAGACACAGAGGAGGACAAAGAUGAUGGCAAAGUGCAUCUCCUUGAGCAACUACAACCUGAGCAGCACCAAUGUGCUGAUCAUUGGUGCAGGGGCAGCUGGGCUGGUCUGUGCAGAGACCUUGCGCCAGGAGGGUUUCUCUGACCGGAUUGUGAUGUGCACCAUGGACAGACACUUGCCCUAUGACAGACCAAAGCUCAGUAAGUCAAUGGAUUCCCACCCUGAGCAGAUCGCCCUACGCCCCAAGGAGUUCUUCUGCACCUAUGACAUUGAAGUCCUGACUGAAAUGCAGGUGGCGGCUGUGGAUGUCAAGAGCAAGAUAGCUGUGUUCAAGGAUGGGUUUAAGAUGGAGUACAACAAGCUGCUGAUAGCAACGGGAAACACGCCCAAAACUCUCAGCUGCAAAGGUAAGGAGAUGGAAAACGUUUUCAACAUCCGGACGCCUGAAGAUGCCAAUCGUGUGGUGAAGCUGGCCACGAGCAAGAAUGUUGUGAUCGUGGGAGCAUCUUUCCUGGGGAUGGAGGUGGCUGCCUACCUCGCAGAGAGGGCCCACUCGGUGUCCCUGGUGGAGCUGGAGCAUGUCCCCUUCAAGAAGUUCUUUGGGGAGAGGGUUGGCCGUGCUGUCAUGAAGAUGUUUGAGAACAACAGGGUGAAGUUCUACAUGCAGACAGAGGUGUCAGAGCUGCGGGAGCAGGAGGGGAAGCUGAAGGAGGUUGUGCUGAAGAGUGGGAAGGUCCUGCGUGCUGACGUCUGUGUCGUGGGUGUUGGUGCUGUCCCAGCGACAGGCUUCCUCAAGCAGAGUGGCAUCAACAUCGACUCCAAGGGCUUCAUUGUGGUCAACAAGAUGAUGCAGACCAACAUCCCAGGGGUCUUUGCUGCUGGAGAUGCUGUCACAUUUCCAUUGGCCUUGAGGAAUAACAAGAAGGUGAAUGUCCCCCACUGGCAGAUGGCCCACAUGCAUGGCCGCAUCGCCGCGCUGAACAUGCUGGCCCACGGCACAGAGAUCAGCACUGUCCCGUACCUGUGGACAGCCAUGUUCGGGAAGAGCAUCCGAUACGCGGGCCAUGGGGAAGGAUUCGAUGAUGUUGUCAUUCAGGGAGAUCUAGAUGAACUGAAGUUUGUGGCAUUUUAUACCAAGAGUGACGAGGUGGUGGCUGUGGCCAGCAUGAACUACGACCCAAUCGUGUCCAAGGUGGCCGAGGUCCUGGCUGCUGGCAGGACCAUCCGGAAGCGUGAUGUAGAAACUGGAGACAUGUCGUGGCUAACAGGGAAGGGCACCUAAAGCCACGGAUGGCUGAGCUCUCCUGAUGCUGCACUCACCGUGGGGAGAUGGGACAGCAGCUCUGUGGCCUGGUGGGAACCCCAUGGCUCAGCCAUUUCCCUUUGAGACCUUGAUGAA